AUGGUUAACAGCGACAAAACAAUCUCCAUUAAGAGAACCACCUUAACAUCACUGUCACUUCCCACUCUUCCUUUUGAUCUCAUUCCUGAAAUACUUAGCAGGUUACCGGUGAAGUCUCUGCUUCAAUUCCGAUGCGUCUGCAAAUCAUGGAAAUCUCUUAUCUCCGAUCCCAAAUUCGCCAACAAGCAUCUUACUCUUUCAACCACCCACACCAUCCACUGCAUAAGCUACCGUGAUAAUGUACACGUCUUACUCAAGUCAUACUCACUCGACUCCGUCUUGACCAACAUCACAGAGACUCAGUUUCCUUCUUCUAACGGUAAGGUUUUUUUGGUUGGAUCUUGCAAUGGCAUGCUUUUUCUUGCAGCCAAAGACUUGCUUGUGUUUCAACUGUGGAACCCUUCCAUUAGAAAAUUUAAAGAAUUGCCGCCACCUAUUAUUGAACCACAACAAUUUCCGUUGAUGUAUGGAUUCGGAUAUGAUCCAAUUAGCGAUAAUUACAAGGUUAUGGUUAUGUUUUGUUUUGGUCAUUUGUUUCAUGAUGGAUGGAUUGUUGAAGUGAUGAAACUGCAAGUAAAGGUUCAUACAUUGGGUACCGAUUCAUGGAAGAACGUUUUGGACUUUCCUUUUGUUUUUGCCUCUGCUCAGGGGGGACAAUAUGCGAGUGGCUCAAUUAAUUGGUUGCUUUUUAAGGGUACCAAGAGGUUUAUUGCUUCUUUUGAUCUGGGGAUUGAGUGUUAUCGCGAGGUUUUGCUACCCGAUGAUUCUGGUAAGGUAGAUAAAAAUAAAUUAAGCUUAAGUGUUUUGAGGGAUUGCUUGUGCAUGAUUUCUGGUGAAGAUGUUUGGGUUAUGAAGGAAUAUGGAAAUAAAGAGUCUUGGACUAAAUUGUUCACUAUUUCUUACAUGCUAGAUCCUCGUGCAUCAUCUUAUUCCUAUAUUAGGGCAGAAUGUGUUCUUGAUGAACAAGUGCUGCUGACGUAUGAAGAAGAUAAGAGACGCCAGCAUAUUUCUUACGAUUAUAAAAAUGACACAUCAAAGUUUUUUGAGUUCGAAAACGUCCCAAAAGUGUGCGUUGAGAGUUUGAUAUCACCUUGUUUUUAAUGCUAGGAUAUAGAUGCUGUGCUAUGUCACUUGGCAUAAAAAAGAGUAUGUCAUAUAUCAAGUUGAUCAAUAGAUGUAGUAAAGAAAUUCAGAAUAUAUAAGCAAGAAACUUCAAGUAGUUGCUAGGAAGCAAGUGUUAUGCUAUCUUUGUGAAAUUGAA